AUGGACGCGUACCAUGGCGCCUGCUACAGCGCGCUCCUCUUGCUCCUUCUAGUAGCGCUCAUUGAGGCGACGGUCCCGGACGUACUGCUGCACUCGAUGUGGAGUGCGACGACGACGGCGACGACGGCGCUCACGACGACCGGGCUCUGGGUCGACGUGCCCGGCGCGAGCAUCCCGGCCUUUCUCGCGCUGCCCAUGACGCUACUUGUCACGUACUCAGCGACUGUGUACCCGACCUCGGCGCAGCCGCCCGUUGCCAUCAUCGACAAGACCCGCCCGCCCGGUGCCGACGACCUCAUCUCGUUCCGCCUUCGCGUCGACGGGUCACCGAUGCGGGCGUCGGGCGCCUCGUCGGGCUACUACCAAGGCGCGUCCUCGCUCAUUGCAGGCUAUCUUGUCGUGUCGCUCGCCGCCGGCAACCACACGCUCGAGCUCCAAUGGAAAAAGACUGGCACCUUUGUGACCUCGUGGCGCAUCGACCCGACGGUCGGGACGGGCUUCUCUGGCGCGUGCUCGCUCAUUGCGGCGGCGCAGCACUCGUACCUGCGGUACACACAGCCGCUGUAUUCGAUCGCGAUGGAGCCGACCGCAGUCUAUGCCAGUGUCCCCGGUAUGUCUGUCUCCUUGUCGCUGCCGACGCCGACGCCACUGCGCUUUAUGUACAACCUGCCGUUGCGGCCGGAUAUGAUGCCCCCCACUGGCGACGGGUCAGACGUCGACCGCGUUGACACGAUCUUGUCCAUCAACGACGUACUUCACGACGUGACGCGCGCCACAUACUCGACCCAAGCCAAGUUUACCCAGCCCAAUGCACUCAUCUCGGACGUCACGCUGACGCUACCUGCCGGCGAGUACUCGGUGCAGCUGCACUUGCGCCUUCAGUCGCCGUCGGGGCGGUAUUGGCGGUCGCUUCCCACGACCGGCGACGGCUUCCUCAUGGGGCGGCUUCUCGCCGUGGUCGCACAAGCACCGUCAGCGAUCGAAUCCAACCAAGUCGACACGAAAGUGCUAUCUGCGCCGCGAAACCAAUGGUUUGACGUCGGGUCGGCGGUCCCGUUUCACGUCGUUGGUGCCGUCACGACCGUUCUCCUCACGUACUUGCUCCCAAUUCAAAUGCUCAACAACCCGUACUUUAACUCGUUCUCGCAGUUUGACGCGGGCGCAGUGAGCGCGCGUCUCCUCGUCGACUCGAUUCCGUACAGAAGCAGUGCGGCCCGGGUCGCGGGAGCGGCCCGUGGCAAUCAACUCGCGCAGGCGUCGCUGGCGCUGCAGCUGUUUCCGGGGCCGCACACGGUCAAGCUUCAAUGGAUGUACCAAGACGGGCUCGAGCCCGACGACAUUAUCACGAUCAUGAAUGCGAUCACGGAAGGCCACAAAAGCUUCUCGCUUCGCGUGCAAAUGGAUUCGUGGAUCAACGCACCGACGGUCGUGGUCUCGGCACCGGUCGUUUUGGGGCACCAAAACCAAGCGUUGCCGCUGCCACCGGACGCCAUUGCGAUCGUCGACCACACCAACACGUCGGCGACGGGGCCGUUCAACUACCCGAUUGUCUUUUCGUGCAGCGUCGACUAUGGUGCGAUCGCACUGCCACCCGCGCCGUCGACCGUUGCGGUAUCGAUACUCUCACCAACUACAACCGUGCUCAAGGGCCCGCUGCUGGAUGUCAAUCGCGUGCUCGCCAGUGUCGUGUACACACCGCCAACCAACUGGUUUGGCAAUGCGACGCUCACUUUGGCGGUCCAGGAUCAGACCAUGUACUUGAUCGAGCCGACAUUUCCUGUGCCUAUGACCGUGGUCUUGGCGAUGCAGUACACGCCAUUCGCACCGACAAUUACGCUGCCGCUGGGCCAAACGGCAAUGUCGGAAGGUGCGACGGGUACGAUCACUGGCUUGCGCGUCGUCGGGGACGAGGUCUCGUACUCGGUACUCGGGCUCGUCCCACAAACCGUCGCGGUUGCGCUGCGUGUCGCCGGUGGUCUCGUCUCCCUCGCUUCGACGACCAACUUGUCGUUUUCAAGGGGUUCUGGUCAACAGGACGCCAUGAUGCACUUUACGGGAUCGCUCCAGGACGUCAACCGCGCACUCGCAGUUCUCAACUACACACCUGAUGACGACUUCAACUCGCUCCAGCACGCCGAGAGCCUCGACAUUGCCGUGGAGAACGUGGCGUCAGGGCUUGGCGCCACGGCCGCUUGGCCCAUCACGAUCACUGCCAUCAACGAUCGCCCAACGAUCGACGUGAGCCAGUUGCAGGCCCAACUGCAAGGGUAUCUCGUCACGUACGCGGAUACGACGACCCUACUGCACCUCCGCCUGCACGCCUUCUCGGAGUGGGGCCAGCUGCAGCUCGAGGCAGCGCCUGGUGCGACCAUCGUCGCAUCGUCGGCACGGGCGUGGCGUGUGUCGGGCACGUCGACAUCGGUGAGCGCAACGAUGGCGUCAUUGGUCUAUCGUCGGGAUGUGUCCUACUUCGGCUCAGAGAUCAUCUCGGUCGAAGCGAGCACGGACGCUGCGUUUGACGUCCGACACGUGACGUUUUUGCAGCUGAGCAUGGUCAAUGCGUCGCAAAUCAGUGCGAGCAUGUGCAUCGUUUCGCCGGUGCUGACGCGUGCUGUGUAG